AUAAAAUUAAUGUUCUAAAUAUUAAUGAAAUUUAUGAUCCUUUACAAAAUUUCAUAGAUAAUUGGGACAUCUUUAUGGAAAAUACUAAUGAAGCUUUGGAUAAUUUGGAAACUAAUAAUGAAAACAUAUCCUUGAGUUUACAAAAUAAAAUUACUCAAAAUGAAGUAUCUAAUAAACAACAAAAUUUGGACACUAAUAAAAACUUUGAAAAUAGUUCUGAUGAAAGCUCUUCUGAUGAAAAUAAUGAACUAUCAAUAAUUGAUAAAGUCAAAAAAGAUUUACAAUAUGAAGUUGAUAAUAAUAUCGAAUUUACUUCACCUUUUGAAGCCCACAAGGAUUAUAAAACUUUCAAAAAUAUUAUCCGAAAAAUUGAACAACUUGGAAAAUGUAAAGGUGUUAACAAGCAAAGGUUGAAAAUAGCUUACUACCUUGGUGAACUAAAGACCAAAAACCAACUCAAUAAUAAGUUUAUUUGA